AUAUUUAUCUCGUCUGUUAAUCGUUCGGCUAUGUUUUAAAGUUUUUAUGAAUAUGCAUGUUUCGUGGAGAGGGUUGUCUCUCAGAGUGAAAUUGGCAUUAAAUUUCGUCUUUUACAGUCUUUUAAAUUCAGAAGGAAACCUAGGGUUGAAGUCCACUAAUUCAUUGAUAAAACAACUUGAAACGUAUGUGAACAAACCAUUCUUGUAUUAUUGACUGCUGGCGGGUCUAGAAUGGUCCAAUCAGGGGCCCCCAAAACUGUUACCAAUGGUGAUUUGAAUAGGGCAUAAUAGCAAAGAGGCAGUACAAUUAUGAAACGUUAUAGUUUUCUUUGAUUCUUGACAGACUAUAGAUAUUGCUGAGCUUAUAGAAAUGGUUUGAGUCUCCCUGUGUCUGGAGUAGAUAUUGCAGGCGUUCUGGAGUAAGCGCUGUAGUGUGCACGCGACUGUGUCGUCUGUGAAAGAAAUUGAUGAAGGAUUCCAACUAGAGGCACUGUGUUCUGGAAUUACUAUGACAGCAAUGAUGCUGUCGAUGUUGAAUGCGCCCUCUCCCGGACUACUUAUAACUGUAUUAGUUUGUCUUUACAUUCCACUUACUUUCUGCUCAAAAUGUGAUAAUACGGUGUAUGGAACAGACAGCGCACCAGAAUAUGACUUCAUAUCCUCAUUCAACAAUUUCAAGCGGGUUGUGGGUGUAAGAACUAUGAACACAGCAGGGGCCCAGGGCGAUCAAACGUCGUACGAAUUCAGGCGGCGGGCUGAGAGGAGAGACUUGACCAUUCCAACACGAAAUCUGUUUCCUGAUGAUUUUCCAACCGAGUUCUCUCUCGCCAUGACAUUAAAGCUUGCCAGUGUGACUCGAAGAGAAACGUGGGACCUCGUUAACAUUGCAAACGUUAAAGGCGAAACAGAUUUUGCUGUUCGGUUUAGCGGAGAAUUAAAACAAAUACAACUUAUAUACAGAGAUAAGUCUACCAACGCUCUCCGGACAGCCGAGUUUGACAAGAAAAAUUCUCGAAAUGCUUUUACGAAGGGAUGGCAUAAGGUCCAUAUUAGUGUGCAGAGAUACGAGAGUUCAUUGUAUAUCGACUGUGUCCGGAUACAGACGGUCCAACUAAGUGCUCUACACGUCAACACUUCCGGAUACAUGACGAUCGCCAAGUCCAUGUCCUCGAAACACAAUACACCAAAGUUUUACCUCAAGCGGUUCGUCAUGCACUGUGAUUCUACCAACCCUUCCACAGACACGUGUGAGGAGCUUGAAGACUUUGUGGAAGAUUCACCCCCGACAUACAAGGACCUGAUGCUGUCAGACAAGCAACAACGUGGAGGAUCCAAAUGUUCAAGCCAGUGUCCACCAGGGAAAGACGGCUUACCGGGUAAACAGGGACCACAAGGAAUUUCCGGAAAACCAGGAAGUCCUGGAGAAGAUGGACUUCCGGGGGAACGAGGACCUGCCGGAAAAGACGGACAAGAUGGAAGACCAGGAGAUUCCGGUAAACCAGGACAACCUGGUUCUCCGGGGCUGACUGGAGACAGGGGACCACGAGGCUACAGCGGGAAGGAGGGGCUUCCCGGAACACCAGGAAAGCCAGGAAAAGAUGGAAGUCACGGACCAAGAGGGGCACGCGGAGAAGAGGGCCCUCGGGGAGAGCGAGGUGACCUCGGACCUGAAGGACCCACGGGGCCGCCAGGAGAAAGCGUGGAAGGACCUGAAGGAGUGGAAGGACCCCAGGGACCACGUGGUGAGCCAGGCCCACAGGGACUUCAGGGACACCCAGGGCUGCCUGGUGUGACCGGAAAUGACGGCCAAAAAGGAGAGCCAGGUGAAAAAGGUGACCCCGGCAAGCCAGGAUUACCGGGAGCGACAGGACUUCAGGGAUUACAGGGAGUUGCCGGACCCCCCGGACCGCCAGGAUCAUCGGCCACCAUUGUUGACGGGGUGUCGGGGAAAGAAGUGCACGUGGAGGGUCCCCCCGGUCCUGAAGGUCCUCAGGGAAUAAUGGGGAAUCCUGGACAACCCGGUUUACCCGGUGAGAUGGGAAGUCCGGGAUUAAGAGGAGACAGAGGUGAACCAGGGGGAAAGGGAGAACAAGGUCUACCUGGCUUUGAUGGAAGACCGGGAGCCGACGGAUUACCUGGAGCGUCCGGAAACCCCGGGAAGGAUGGGAAAAUGGGUCCAAAGGGGGAAGCAGGAAAGGAUGGGAUUCCGGGCCGAGAUGGAGUACACGGAAAGCAAGGAAAACGGGGUGAAGCUGGCGAAAAAGGCGAGCCCGGCGAUCCUGGACUACGGGGACCUCCUGGACCCCCGGGGCCAUCGUAUUCACCGUUCCUGGGUGACGACCCGAACGCAAUAAUGGAUGGAUAUAAAUUCAAAGGGGAACAGGGUAUGGCCGGCGCUCCUGGAGUCUCCGGAAAAGACGGACAUCCAGGCCAUCCUGGAAACCCCGGAAUGCCAGGAGAUCCCGGAAAACCCGGAAGAAUGGGACUACCUGGAGAUCAAGGUGAACCAGGAGAUUUGGGGCCUCGAGGAUUACCGGGACCCACGGGCCUGAAAGGGUCUCAGGGAGAUCCUGGCAUGGACGGAAUGCAGGGAGAUCAAGGCGUGGCUGGUGUUCCUGGUCCACGUGGAGAACCGGGCAAAGAUGGACGACCGGGACUACAAGGAAUUCAAGGAAUAUCAGGCCCAAUGGGUCCCAUCGGUCCUAUCGGACAGCCCGGACCACCCGGCCCUCCCGGACCCCCAGGACCAACAUUUGAUGUGAAAUCUAUAAUCGGGGGAGUGUCGAACGGUAAUGGGCUCGGUUCCAUGGGUCCCCCGGUAAGUUGUCACCAGCGACAAGGAUAUCCGGGUUCCUCUGGUCCGCCCGGCUUAACUGGAAUGCCCGGAGAGCGCGGACCCUCUGGAGAAAGAGGUCCCUCGGGAUCAGUGGGUGCACCGGGAGUCCCGGGUAUUUCUGGUGCUCCGGGACAGCAAGGACCGACAGGCCACAGAGGACAACCAGGCAUGCCAGGAAAACCAGGAUUACCGGGACGGAUGAUUCCUGAAUCUGAAAUUAGAGAACUUUGCAUGAGACUUAUAAGAGAAAACUUUGAAGAACUGGUGGAAGGACUUCGUGGACCGCCAGGACCACAGGGUGUGGGUAAACCUGGAUCACAGGGACCACCAGGCCGAGUUGGUGCUCAAGGUGAGCGCGGAUUACCUGGACCAGCAGGUGAACGAGGAUUUGUUGGAAUGCCAGGUCUUCCGGGUCCAAUGGGUCCACAGGGUGCCCCUGGAUCGGAAGGUCCGAAAGGAGAAAGAGGAGAGGUUGGAGAAGGAACAGUUGGAAAACCAGGGAAUCCCGGAAUCCCAGGUCCUCCGGGCCCACCUGGUGAGGGAGUUAUGGGUCGACCAGGAGAGCGUGGUUCCCCCGGAAUACCGGGUCAACAUGGUCGUUCUGGACCCCCAGGCAAAACUGGACCCCCUGGAUAUUGUGAAUACUGUAACUUUGCGUCAGGGGCAAGAUCUCCUGAAUAUAUACAACUAGGACCAGGCCGUCGGAACCAGAAAGGCUGAGAAGACCAUCUCAUUAUGAAUUCCCUGUGUAUGUGAUAUCAGUCAUACUCCUCAUGAAUGCGUUCCUCAUUUUGCCCCCCCCCCCCUCUCUUUUUUUGUACAGUAUUUAAUUAGCUUUCGUUUGAUGCUCUCAUGACUUAUUAGCAGAGUUUCAUCAAAGGAGAUUGUGUACUUGUCAGUAAUACGACAAUAUUUUGUUAGUGAAAAAAGAAACCACCCCAAAAAAAGGACAAAUACGUGUCAUACAAAAACCAAAUUUUUAUUACAUUGUAUCGUCUCAUUAUUGAUGUAAGUACGCGGUCUGCCUUGACUUCAUAACCAGCGGAGCGGAGCUGUUUCUGCUCACUUGUCAUAUUUUCUAUGUGUAUACUGUAAGGCCAGUGUUAGUUCCGGAUUCAGGUCUAUACAACGCUUUUUGAUUAUCUUUACUGUAGAACAAUUGAAUAAAUUGAAAUGGUGUAACUAUCCUGGGGGCUGUAGUGUAUAUUUCAAACAUGUGUUUAUUCGUUGUCGUCUUGUUUCGUAUACAUAUUUAAAUUGAAAUUUUUAAGCUAUAAUGUGCCAUAUGCUGUCUAUUAUGUGCAUUAUUAUAUUGUCUUUUUUUUCUAUGUAUGAUUUAUGAGUUUUGCAGCAAGAAGUCGCUCUGAUCUAUUAUUCCUGCAUAAAAUACUUUAUUUUGAUAAAAAUAUAUGUAAAUAAAAAGAAUAAAAACUUGCAAAUUAUAUCAAGGAAAAAACUAGAUUUCUUAUUUUUUAAAAAUGAUGUACAUUACUAAUACAGAGAUCUCUUUUUCAAUAAAUAUGCUAAUUAC